GCCCCUCCUCUGAGGGGCGGCAUGCCGGCAGCCUCCAUGGCCCCGGACCCGGUGAAGCUGCAAGCCGAGGUGGAGCGGCUGUCUGCUGAGCUACGGGAGGCAACGCAGGAGAAGGUCCAGGCAGCCGAGUACGGGCUGGCUGUGCUGGAGGAGAAUGGCGAGCUCAAGCAGCACUGCGGGGAGCUGGAAGGCCAGCUGGAAAUGAUGCGGUUGGAGAUGGCCCGCAUGAAGGAGGCCUUGACAGAGUCGCACAGCAUUCACAAAAGGGCCGCGGCUGACGGGGAGAGCCGAGAAGAGCAUCUUCUCCGAGAGACGGCCUGCAAGGAGGCUGACUUGAAUCAGUGCAUCGAGGAGCUGCAGGGUGACGUGAAGCACCUGAGGUCCCAGCUGGAGAGCACUGCAGCCGAGAGCGAACGCCUGGGUGCGGCCCUGCAGGACCUGAGGAAGGAAUGCCAAAGCAUGGACUCUGAGCGCGUCCGGCUGCGCGAGCAACUGAAGCAGGCCAAGGGGAGGGAGCUGCGCCAGCUGCAGGACUGCACGGAGCUGGAGGAGGAGAACAUCUCCCUGCAGAAGCAGAUCUCCGUGCUCAAGGGCAGCCAGGUGGAGUUCGAGAGCGUCAAACGUGCGCUCAGAUGCCGGGAGGAGGAACUGGCACUGGCGGGGACCCAGCUGUCGGAACUGGGGCGCCUGCGGGACCUAGCGGAGCACCAGCUCCAGGAGGCGCUGGAGGCCCUGCAGGCGGAGCGGGAGCAAAAGCAGGAGCUGCGGCGGGAGCUGGCGACCUGUUCCCGGGGCCACCACGCCUCGCUGAGCAGCUUGCAGGCCAACCUGGAGGACCUGAGCCACAGCCAGGUGGAAGGCGAGGAGCUGGACAGUGGCUUUGCCAACGGCAGCGCCCUGAGGGGCGGCAGGGCCUCCACGCCCCAACCUGUCCAGCCCGCCCCUGGCCUCGUGGCCGACCUCUUCAGCGAGCUUAGCCUGGCGGAGAUCCACAAGCUGCAAGAGCAGCUGCUCCAGGUGGAAAACGAGAAGACCUCGCUGGCCUCCGACCUGCAGGAGCUCAAGGCGCAGCUCACCACCACCAAGGAGGCCCUGGCCCAGCAGCAGGUGCACAGCCGCCGCGAUGCGGAGCACCAUCAGGCCCCAGAGGCUGGCCCUCGUGGCGGCGGGGCUGGGCUGUCGCUCCAGGAGAGGGAGGACUGCCGCGAGGCGGUGGAGAAGGCCCGGCUGGCCGCUCAACGGGACCGGGAGGUGGCCACGCAGCUGGAAGCGGACUUGCGGGUCGCCCGGCGGGUCGCCCUGGAGUGCCAGUCACGGCUGGCGCAGGCCCAGGAGGAGCUCCUGGGCUUCUCGGAGGAGCUGGCCGGGCUGUACCACCACAUCUGCACCUGCCACAGCAUCACCCCACAGCGAGUGGUGUUGGAUUACUACCGGGACGGCCGCGGGGCCCAGGGAGCAUCCCGGAGGCGGUCCUCCAGGAAGCUCCCAGCGGCAGAGCGGGAGGCAAGCAGCAGCGGGGACCGGUCCCCCAGCAGCGGCCCUGGCUCGCCCUGCGGCCUGGAGCCCCUCCACAUGGGCAGCCUGCUGGGUGUCCUGCGGGCGCAGCUGGAGCAUCUGCAGAUGGCGCUGGCCCUGGCGCACCGGCAGAGCCCCGCGGGGCGCGGGGUGGAGCUGGAGCGGGACAAGGAGGCGCUGGUGGAGGAGGUGCUGAAGCUGAAGUCCCUGCUGAGCACCAAGCGGGAGCAGAUCGCCACCUUGCGCACGGUGCUGAAGGCCAACAAGCAGACAGCGGAGGCGGCCCUCUCCAAUCUCAAGGGCCAGUACGAUGGCGAGAAGGUGCUGGUGUCGGAGACGAUGGCCAAGCUGCGUCACGAGCUCAAAGCCCUGAAGGAGGAUGCGGCGACCUUCUGCUCGCUGCGAGCCAUGUUUGCCAGCAGGUGCGACCAGUACGUGAGCCAGCUGGAUGAGAUGCAGCGGCAGCUGGCGGCCGCCGAGGACGAGAAGAAGACGCUGAGCUCCCUGCUGCGCAUGGCCAUCCAGCAGAAGCUGGCGCUCACCCAGCGCUUGGAGUCCCUGGAGAGCCCAGUGGAGGUGAUAGGGGUGAGGCGGAGGACCCUCAGGGCAGCCAAGAGCUCUGCGAGAUGA